UGAUACUGUGUGUGUUUUUAGACUUGAAAUAUCAAUUAGCAUGGUAAGUAUUAAUUAGCAGCAUUUAAACUCAUUGCUAUGAAUAAACCUACAGGCUUUGCUCCAACAAAAACAAUGUACAGUGUGAGGCGUCAUGGCAACAACAAACACGGUGAACUUAUUUCCCACAAAGGUUGUAGGUCAUACAUCACUAAUGACCCAUAAAUAAUCUGCUUUCUUUUAACAUUUUACACAAUGAACAGUAAAUGGCUCUGAGUCCAUAUAGGAGGCAGAACAUGAAGACUUCAUUUCUUUAUUUCUGUAAGUGGAAUCACCUACACUGUUACCAAAUAAGUGUUUGGGUGUGGGGGGGUAUUUAUUAGUGUAGCCCCUGACAUGCGAGGGGAAAGGAAGUGCACCUGUCUCAUCCUACCUUCACACUAGCAAGGAACAGGUGACCAUGCAUAACAUGGAGCUCUGAGAAACAAACAAACAAACAGAAAAACAGAUGACAUGAAGCUAUGAUUUAAACACCAAACAAAAGUGUGAUGAGGAUAAAGCGGUUCCUGAAGAUGAAGGAAUGAAUUCACACCCAGACGAGACAGACUAGCAGCGACACGAGUGACUUGUCUCUUGUUAGUGUUAAUGUAGGGUCUGUGCUCAGCGCUCUUCCAGCUGAAGUUCUCUCCCAUGCGACAGUUUCUCUGCACGCUCGCUUCACCGCUCGCUGCCUGUGAGGACCUUCGUAUGUGCCGCAAAUCCACGUCACUACACGCUCUCUCUUAAUGGCGGCGCUUGCUGAUGCUGCUCUGUGCGCUCAGGUCAGCCGUCCUCACACUCUCUAUUAAUGGAGCCAUUUGAACACCACAGAGGUGUGAACUCUACACAGCAGAAUAUCCAGUGUUGUUUAGUGUUGUUUUUAUGCUGUUCACUUUGGUGGGGUUAAUGUAAUUACAGCGAGGUGACGUGAUUGACACUAGUGAGGAGUUGAUCCAAUUUCCGGUCCUUGCCCCUGAUUUCCUCUUUGUGUAAUGGCGGAUGACCACGAGGAGAGGACGGCGUUCAAACAGCUUGAGUCACGCUGGUGAAGGUACGAUAUCAAGGUGUGAAGGAAUUUGUGAAGUUGAAUAACGAUUGCACAUUCCAAGGUUUUGUCGAUGAAGUUAAACGCAAAUUUGGGCUUGCAAGAACUGCGACUCUUCAAGUCUUAGACACAGACACCACGGAGGAGGAGAAGGAGGAGAUCUUCCAUGAACUGAUUGAAGGCAGUCCACAAUUAUGCCUAACUGUAAGAUGUUCAGAAGAAAAUAUUUUUGCUGGCUUGUCUGACGAGUUUUCACCUGCAAGAUCUUCAACCCCCAGCACAAGCUCUGAUGCUCUUUCACUCCCUUCUACUGACUGUGAAGAGACUGAGAGAGCAGUCCAGAAUCAAGCAGCAAGGGCUAGCAACAGUUUUGGCAUAGAUGCUGAAAAGGCAAGACGAAUUGUCCAAGAUGCCCUGGAAAAACAAUCUGGUGGUGAAGAUGCGCUUGAAGAAUACCAGACAACUAAAACUUUAAAGCACAGCACCAGACGUCAGCUUGUUAAUAUUGUUGUCAGUCACAUGACAGAGAUUCAUGGGAGGAUCCCUACACGCAAACAGCGGGAGACUUAUGCCUUGGGCAUUGUUUCUCUCUUUCCUAGCCUGAGAGACCCUUUUUCCACAAAAGGCUAUGAACAUUUCUACGAUCCAGAAAAGGGAACAGGGUACGUCUGCUGGCGCCUAAAAACUUUGUCGAGAAAGAACCCAAAACGUGCUCGCUUAGAGAUGUCUGAAAGUGGAGGACCAAGUCGGCGAAGAAUGACAGACGUUGGGCAGCAGCUUGAAGGAGAUGCAUGCAGGGAGGCAAUUUCCUUCCUUGUCCACGCAGCUGAUGAAGCUGAAGUUAUGCAGAAGAUGAAGCAAACUUUUAAGCAUAGACAAGAACUGGUACACAAUCCUGAAAGAUCAGCUGAUGUUCUCAAUAUAUUUCCAAGAUUUCUGGAUGUGAAAGGAUUGAUAAAUCAGGACUUUGCUUUGCUGUUCAAUUCUGAAACAUCCAACAAGUUGCUUGAGAGGGGGGAGACUGCAUUUAAGCAGAAGAUAAUCAAUGAAGGCCAAUCUCUUACUUCAACAGCAGAAAUUCAGAGUCUUAUCAGUGCAGCAGAGGGACAAGGAUCUGAACAUGAUUGGGACAGUGACAUGUCAUCUAUUCUUCUCCUGUUGCAUCUCCUGCCUCCUCCCCCAGGGAAGAAGAAGACUAAGAUCAGCUCGACAGAGACUGUUGAGAGACUUGUGAAUUUCCAUAAGUCCUGCACCAGUAUUGAAGGCCUUAUCAGUGGGAGGGAGAGUCACCAGCCAUACCUACGGGCAUCUGGAAGACUCAAGAGCAAGAUUGACAAAUUCUAUGUGGUUGUGGACAAGCACCUCAUCCCUUGCGCAGGAACCAGCUCUUUGAGUGCUGUCGAUGAGCUCUUCAAAGUUCACUAUGUGUUCAACCUGUCAUAUGAGGGAGCCCUUGUCAACGUCUUCACCUUCCUGCAGACCACAAUCUACAACAUUGAUAUUGGUCUUACCAGUGUGUCUCCCCGCGUCAAGGAAUUGCGUGCAAAACUGUUAAACUAGUUUAAUGUUGAAGUGUUUCCGCUGUCAAAGUUUGCACACAAACAGCCACUCUUUGAUCUCUCAUUUAAGACUCACACACAGUUUCUAUCCUUCGUUGAAGUUCAAGUUGUUAUGUGCACAGAGUGGCUGUAGUCGGCAGUUUUAUACAUAUUCUGGGUUUCGAAAGCAUUUGAACAGUGCUCAUGUUACUGAAUCCAGUCCAGUUCUUGAUUUGCCAUCUGGUGAAGUGUUAACUCCCAGUGUUAAUCAGUCAGGUUCUUUGUUUGUUGGAGAAAGUGAUCCCCAAGUUGCUCUCGUUGAAAAUGUGACCCUCUCUAGAGGAGAGAUGGCAGAUAUAUGUGCCUCAAUAGUGGCCAAAUUACAGAGCAGUGGAGUAGCCAGUAACUUGGUGUCAUCGGUCGUUUCGGAGCUUGAGGACCUUAUCACAGAAAUUCAUAACCAAAUUCGCCAAAAUGUGAUGUCUGUCAUUCCUCUUGAUAACCCAGUCAGAUCAGCAGUUGAAGAUAGUUUAGGUCAUUUUGAGAGUCCCUUUUCUAUGUUUAACAGUGAAACAAAAAGAAAUGAUUAUUUUGUUAACAAAUGGGCUGUAGUUGAGCCUGUCGAAAUUAUUCUUGGCAUGAAAUACGACACUAGGAGAGAAAGAAGCUCAACGUUCAAUAGUCUGCAAUAUUUUCAUGUGUGCCACAACUACUCUCUAGAUGUGAUGCACGACCUCCUGGAAGGAGUUGUCCAUUUUGAAAUGAAACUAUUGUUCGAGUAUCUUUCAGAAAAUUUUGUUACACAGAGUGAAUUGCUCUCCAGAAUAUAUUCAUAUGAUUAUGGAUAUUUAGAGAGAAAAACCGCCCUACAAAGGUGAAUUUGGAGCACAGUGGAAAUAGCACAGGACUCAACUCUAUCCAGGCACUCUGUCUAAUCAAAAACAUUCCAUUAGUGUUUGGUGAUAUUGUACCCCUAGGAGAUAAAAAGUGGCAUUUGCUUCUUCUCUUACUUCAAAUUCUUAACCUGGUGUUUUCCCCAUGUAUUUCUAAAGGUAUGACUGUCCUCUUGAAACAUCUAAUAAUUGAGCAUCAUGAAUUAUUUAAGGAAUUGUACCCACACAAAAGCUUGCUGCCCAAACAUCAUUUCAUGGUCCAUUAUGCUGCCUGUAUUCGCAAAAUUGGUCCGUUGGUGCACAUGUGGAGCAUGAGGUUUGAGGCGAAGCAUACAUUAAAAAAUUUCAAAAACAUUACCAAAUCUCUAGCAAAAAGUCAUCAGAUGUCAUUAGGCUAUCUUUGGGAAACAACACCAUUGAGUCAAGUGGAGUGUGGACCAAUGAAAACAAUCUGUUGGGACGAUGUGAAUGAUGGUGAAAAGUUGUCAGGAAUGCUGCAGAAUCCCAUACAGUCAAGCAUGCAUUCCAUGAACUGGGUGAAAAUAGAUGGGACAGAAUACAGACAAGACCUGAUUGUAUGCAGUGAAAUUGAGGAUGAAAAUCCUGUUUUCAGUCAGAUUCGGAAAAUACUUUUAAUUGACAGCACUGUGUAUUUUAUUCUUAACAAACUUUUGACAGAACAAUUUUCAGAGCAUCACCAUGCAUUUAAAGUACAGAAAUACUGUGAAUUGAGUGAACUUGUUACAGCAACCAGUUUGAGGUUCUACAGGCCUUUUGAUCUGCGGAGUUCAUAUGGGUCAGAUGACGGCGAAUAUAUUGUACCCUCGUUUGUGAUGGUUUAAUUUUUGUUAAAUAAAAGUUAAAACUGA